AUGCGUUACGAAAAUUGGGAUGUUCUCAUCUUUUCCGAGGGCACCAAGGUGCCCUUGCAAGAGUUCAAGACCCAGUGCUUCGUUAUAAAAGAUAAGGAGUCCCCUUACCUGCAAAGUGUAUCGUCCGGCCAUUCUUACUAUCCUAUCCAAGGUAAUUAUGGCCAGCUUCCUGUUCUCACCACUUUCAUUCCCAGCAUGGCCAAGGACAGCCCUUUUCGCUUCUCUAUACACUCUUGGGAGAGACCUCGUCCGUCUCGUCUCAUCGAGGGCAUGAUGCAGCCAGAUGACUUGCUCAUGUAUGAAGCGCGCGUGUUUGUGGAUCAGCAAUGUGUUGCGGGUGGCUUCUUCUCUCAGCGAACCCAGUGGCCUUAUGUGAUCGACCUCAGUUCUCACAUCGACCGCGACGGCAAUCAGGAUGCCCUCCGUUUUCCUCCUUUCCACCGCGAGAUCUUGGAUCAGCGCCACUGGGAUGCAGGCGAUUCAAACGGUCGCAUUCGUCUCAUUAUUGCCGAAGGAUUCUCUCGUCCUCAUCGCUCGCCUCCUUUUGAAAGGAUCAAAGAUGUCAUCAUGUUCUCUUUUCAACAUGCUCCACUCCAUAUCCUCGAAUACUCCAACAUCGCCUGGCCCAACCCAUCUAUGUGGGCGCCUCCUCGACCCACCUUCAAGUAUACCGAUACCAUUGAGCCCAAGGCAGCCGACGAUCAUGGUCACUCUCCCUCCAAGUCUGGAACACGUCCUUUAUUUAUAAACCAGCCCAGUGUCCCACCAAGUUAUAAUCCCUGGGCACAGAAUAGACCUUUCCCCCUUCCUCAGGCGUGGAGUGAUCAAGACCCUCGAUACGCCAACGUCAACCCCCGUUUCUCUGAACCAUUCGCCGUUCCAACAUCACUCUUCAACGAGCGUGAGUAUGAGCGUGGCUGGAGCCAGCGUGGCGCCCGAUCCUCUCGCGAAGAUAUCCCCAUGCCUGAUUACUCCAGUAGCUCAGCCAGCAGCCGCGCCAUUUCAAGCGAUGCUGGAAACAGCUACGAGCAAGUCCACAUGGACGACGAUCAAUACAACAUGUUGAUACAGGCGCUCACCCCAACCAAAGUUGGCGGUGUCCGCGCUCCCUCCAACACUCCAUCGGCGACCGUCAACCUAGCAAAGCUCGGCCUAAGCCCCAGUGGGAACAUGAAGAGCAGGAAGGAGAUUAUCAUUCUGGAUGAUACUCAGGAGACCCCUAAGAAGCCCGCCCAACUGGUUGCCGAAACUGUCAAGGAGAACAGUCGUGAGGUUUCAGGACACAAUGAGGAUACUGUUUCUAUCUCCUCCACGCUGUAG